AUGCUCUCACAACGAACAGUAGCCGUCAUCGGCUUCUUGGUUGUGGUCAACUUCAUCGUCCUGACAUUCACGCUUAAUUCCGGGCUUAUUUCCCGCCCCGCUUCCCUUUUUAGCUUUGGAAGUAACCCCAAGGCUUCAUCGAAUCUAGAGUCUGGGAGUAAAUCGGAUGACAUCCACCCACCAGGUCUGGUCGGCCAGGACCCGGCGAAACUGGAGGAGUGGAGGUUAGAUACGGACCAGUACAUCCUCGACAGGAAUUGGAACUUGACGGCGCCACCGACAACCCGUACCUACGAUCUAGUCAUCACCCGCGGCAAGGCAUGGCCAGAUGGUGUUGUCCGCGAUGUUUUGCUGGUCAACGGCAAGUUCCCAGGACCCCUGAUAGAGGCAAACAGAGGGGAUACGAUUGUGGUGAAUGUCACCAACAAGCUCGACUCGGAACCCACGGCUAUUCACUGGCACGGUAUACAACAGAAGGCAACGCCCUACUAUGACGGUACGGUUGGCGUUUCCCAAUGCGGCAUACCGCCAGGCCAGUCACUGGUCUACAACUUCACCCUCGAGGGCCAGUUUGGUACUUUCUGGUGGCAUGCCCACCAUGAGGGUCAGGCUAUGGAUGGUGUUCUUGGGCCGCUUGUGAUCCACGCCCCCGAGGAGAAGCAAGUUCGAGAGACGUAUGAUGAUGACAGAAUAGUCAUUUUGCAAGACUGGUACCAUGAUCCAAGCCAAGUCAACCUUGCCAGAUACCUUGCUCCAGGUGUGGAAAACGACGAGCCAAUUCCGGAUAAUGGCCUCGUCAACGGUCGAAAUUAUUUCAACUGCUCGUCUUAUGGCACUGAAUCAAACAGAACCUGCCAUGGCGGCACUUCGCAUACGAUUCUCACCCUAAAGAGAGACAGCAAAACUCGUCUCCGACUCAUCAACGCUGGCGGAUUUGCCAGCUUUGAAUUUGCCAUCGACAAGCACCUUCUCAGCAUCAUCGAGGCUGACGGGAUUCUGACCCGUCCAAACUCUGUUAGACGUGUUCCUAUUCACGUAGGCCAGCGAUAUAGUGUCGUGGUCGACACGAAUCAGGGAACCGAAUCGAACAACUACUGGAUCAGAAGCAGGAUGAUAUCUCACUGCUUCAAAGGAGAGGAAAACCCAGUACUGGACAGUACCACAAAAGCAGUGCUUCACUACCAGGGCAAAGAUCAAAACAUAGUUCCUACGGCAGCGUCAAAGGACUGGGAGGAUGCAAUGGCUGUCAUGUGCGAGGAUCCUGCAAAAGGAGUCCUGGUACCCCUGAUCAGCCAACCGCCGCCUCCUGCCACCAGGAUCGUUGCUAUUGACUUCCACUUCAACAUUGGGGCGUACCAAAUGACAUAUGCCAAAAUCAACGAGACGGUAACCUGGAUGCCCCUGAAAAAUUCAACAACCCUUCUCGAGGCGGCUGAAGGCCUACGCUCACCCAAGGCGAGCGGCUGGAGUGAGAAUGGCCGCAUAGGCCUCUUUCCAGAAGACCAGUACGUCAUCGGAGUCAGUAACAGCAACACGACAGAGGUUGUCGACCUGCUGGUAUACAGCCUCGACGAUGGCAGCCAUCCGUUUCACCUCCACGGACAUGACUUUUGGAUCAUGGCUACUGGAGACAGCGGGUUCGACUGGAACAAGUACAAUACUGAGAUCAUGUCCUCGACCGGAGAGAGCCUGGCCAAUGUGACGAAGCGUGAUACUCUCACUAUCAAGCCGUAUGCGUGGGUUUUGAUUCGCUUCGUGGCCGACAACCCUGGUCUGUGGGCUUUCCACUGUCACAUGUCUUGGCACAUGGAAGCCGGCCUGAUGAUGCAAUUCAUGAGCGGAGCAAAGCAGCUCGAGAAAUUGCAAGUUCCUGAUGGUGUUGCAAAUUUGUGCACUACUCCUCAUCCUGAUUGA